UUUCAGCCAAACAUAAUCCAGAUUCAUUCGUUUGCUCUCUCUCUUUCCCGUACCUUCGCAGACCCACACAGCGACUAUAAUCACAUGUAACUCAUCCUCACCAAAUCUUCAACUUCCACCACCGAUCAAACCCUCACCAGUAUAUCACACAAUUCAUGCAUCUUUCAAAUUGGAAAAGAUAAUUUACCGUUCAAAUCAAUUCUCGGCCGAAACUAUGUCCUCUGACAAUUCCAAUUCCAAUUCCAAUGAGGCCAUUGAUAGGACGCCGUUAUUGGGAGACCAGAUCUUCCGAACGCGCUCCCGCUUCAUGCGCCGCCCGCCAAGCCUCCGUGGUGCGGCUCGCUUCCUCCGCCAAGCCAGCAGCCGCGGCCGCGUGAUGCGGGAGCCGUCCGUUAGAGUGCGCGAAGCCGCGGCCGCGCAAAUCGAGGAGCGACAGAGCGACUGGGCCUACUCGAAGCCGAUAGUGAUACUGGACCUCAUUUGGAACCUGGCGUUUGUGAUUGUUUCAAUUACUGUGAUGAUCAUGAGCCGGAACGAGUCGCCGUCGAUGCCUUUGAGGGUGUGGAUUUUGGGAUAUGCUCUUCAGUGCAUUCUUCACAUGGUGUGUGUCUGGAUGGAGUAUAAGAAGAGGUAUUCACAACGAAACUUGGAGGGGAGCCCAAGGGAUGGGGUUAGGUACAGUAGGAAUUACACGAAUUCGAGUUCUGGAAGUGAUGAGGUGGAGUCUGAUGAUUAUGCUUCCGAGGGCCACCAAAAUGAUGAUGAAACUAGCAUUGCUAAACAUCUGGAGUCAGCAAAUACAAUGUUCUCAUUUAUUUGGUGGAUAAUCGGGUUCUACUGGAUAACUGCUGGUGGCCAAAGUUUGAUUCAGGACUCACCACAACUUUACUGGCUUUGUAUUACAUUUCUGGCUUUCGAUGUUUUAUUUGUUGUUAUCUGCAUUGCUGUGGCAUGUGUCAUUGGAAUUGCUGUGUGCUGCUGUCUACCUUGUAUUAUUGCAAUCUUAUAUGCAGUAGCAGAUCAGGAAGGAGCGACUAAGGAAGACAUUGAAAGACUGCCUAAAUACAAAUUCCGGAGAAUUGGUGAUUUUGACAAACAAAUUGGUGAGAUUCAACAAUCAUUUGGAGGAAUAAUGACCGAAUGUGACACUGAUUCACCUGUCGAACACGUUCUUCCUCUAGAGGAUGCGGAAUGCUGCAUAUGCCUUUGUGCUUAUGAUGAUGGAACUGAACUGCGCGAACUCCCUUGUCGUCACCAUUUUCACUCUGCCUGUAUAGACAAAUGGCUGUACAUGAACGCCACGUGUCCUCUAUGCAAGUUCAAUAUUCUUAAAAAUGGCAAUCAAAGUGGCAGUGAAGAAGUAUAAUCAAGAUCCAUUCCAGGGUUCCUUCGAGUUUCUGAGUGGUCGUCUUUGUUGUCCAUAGUUAUCUGCAAUACAACUGCUAUUCGCUUGUUUACUCAAAUAGUAUGCCAGCACAUAGUUUUUUUUCUUCUUUUAGCGUAUUUGAUGAGUGUGGGGCUUUUGCUAGUCAUGGCAACUUCUUGUUUCUGUGCCACCUUUAGAGAUGAGGUGAACUUCUUUACACAACGCUUGGAUGUCUUGAAAGUGUACUCUUUUUGUAUAAUAUGUAACUUCCAAUUCAAUAAGAAACUACAGUUGGUGCAUUUUUUU